UAUGACUAUUCUAGUAAUUACAUCAUUUGGUUGAUAAAUUUUCUAAAACAUAGAGAGAAUAAUAGUUGAAGAAAAUGGGAAGUUUUGUGAUGAAAAUUGGAGGAGCAAGCAGGUUGAGGAACUUGUCUAUAUCAGCCUCAUCCAAUGGAAAUGAGAAAACAGGGCCACUGAUUUUGGAGGUUGCAUUAGAUAAGAUAAGGAGACCCCUUAUGAGAACCAGAGCUAAUGAUCCUAUUAAAGUUCAAUACCUCAUGGAUAGUAUUCAACAAAUUGGCCUUCAAGUCCCUAUUGAUGUGCUUGAGGUUGAUGGAGUAUAUUAUGGAUUCUCAGGUUGUCACCGGUACGAAGCACACCAGCGGCUUGGUCUCCCCACCAUUCGUUGCAAAGUUCGUCGCGGAACAAAAGAAACACUCAGGCAUCAUCUUCGAUAAAUUUUAAUAAAUUUCUUGGGUUUGUACUCUGUACCGGCUACCACAAUGACUCAUCUACCUGAAUUUCUACUCUACUCUGGCUAUCGCAUCCUUAGGGUAUGUUUGAUUCAGCUGUUAUUAUUGUUGCUUGUUAGAGAGUUAGAUAAAAUCUAACGUCGCUUCCGAUUAUUUUGGUGUUUGAUCAACUGGUGGGAUAACUUGUAAACCAAACAUGGCAUUGUGAUAGUAUUGUUGAAGUAAUUUUGAAAUUCGAUAUGUUAGUAUGGGCACA